CUUGAGAACAAAUAUCUUGUUGUGGAACCAAAAACACGGAACGAGACAGACACCAAAAAGAGGGUCCCACCGAAACAAUGUUGGAGCAAGCACGCAGGAGACACGUAGACGCAGAGAGAGGGAGUUACUAAAAAUGAGGUUUGGUUUGGAGGGAGUUGCAUCGGCGACAAAUACUGUUGUUGUUGUUGUUGGAGAAGAAUGAAUUCUGAGAACAAGAGACUCACAAGAAGAAGCAUUUAGAAUCGAAAUUGGAAGAGAAGAGGGUAUGAAUGAUUACAAAGGAAGAGAAGGAGAAAGUAGCGUUGUUGUUGUUCGGAAGCGAUUCAAGGAAAAGCAACAACCCUGUCCUUCCACAAGGCCCAUCAUCAACCAACAACACCGUCGCUCUGCUUCCCUCCCUAACACUCAAUACGAGGAAUCUGAAACAGAUGUCGAAGUAUCUGAUGUUAGUGUUUCAGAAGGGGAUGACACAUCUUGGAUCUCAUGGUUUUGCAAUUUGAGAGGAAAUGAAUUCUUUUGCGAAGUUGAUGAUGAUUUCGUGCAAGAUGAUUUCAACCUCUGUGGAUUAAGUAGUCAAGUGCCUUACUAUGAUUAUGCACUUGAUUUGAUUUUGGAUGUUGAGUCAUCCCACGGAGACACGUUCACGGAGGACCAAAAUGAGUUAAUUGAAUCUGCAGCAGAAAUGCUUUAUGGUCUGAUUCAUGCCCGAUACAUUUUGACAAGCAAAGGAAUGGCUGCAAUGCUUCACAAGUACAAAAACUACAACUUUGGCCGAUGUCCAAGAGUUUUCUGCUCUGGACAACCCUGCCUUCCGGUUGGCCAGUCAGAUGUUCCUAGGUCAAGUACUGUAAAGAUAUAUUGCCCCAGGUGUGAAGACAUGUACCACCCAAAGUCCAAGUAUCAAGACAUUGAUGGAGCUUAUUUUGGAGCUACAUUUCCUCACCUUUUUCUGAUGACUUAUGGGAAUCUGAAGCCACAGAAGCAAUCACAGAACUAUGUACCUAGAGUUUUUGGUUUCAAAGUUCACAAGUCCUGAAGCUGGAUGGAGUUUCAAGCUUUCAUCAAAGUAGAAAUCUGAGCAUGCCUUGCUUAGUUGUAUUUUCUUUAAAAUUCAGUUUCUGAAAUCAGUACAUUCUAGAUCCACAUGUUCUGUAAAGUGUGAAGAUAUAUGCAGGCACCAACAGCAAGAGCUUAAUUUGUUUUCUGCUUCAAAUUCAGUGUGCCUUUGGAAAGCUUCUCUGAUAGAUUUUUAAGUUAAGUACUUGAAUGCACUUUAAAUACCAAGAAGUGGACACAUGUUAUUUUCUUAUCAAAUGAAUUCUUGCCUCUUGCCAGUUUUAUUUUCAA